AUGCAGGCCCGCUACUCCGUCUCGGACCCCAACGCCUUGGGAGUGGUCCCUUAUCUGAGCGAGCAGAACUAUUACCGGACGGCUGGGACUUACGGCAGCAUGGCGGGCUCCAUGGGGGUCUACCCGGGGCACCCCGACCAGUACGCGGCAGGUAUGGGGCGCUCCUACGGGCCUUACCACCCUCACCAGCCCACGGCGCCCAAAGACUUGGUGAAGCCGCCCUACAGCUACAUCGCUCUGAUCACCAUGGCGAUCCAGAACGCGCCAGAUAAGAAGAUCACCUUGAACGGCAUCUACCAGUUCAUCAUGGACCGCUUCCCUUUCUACCGGGAAAACAAGCAGGGCUGGCAAAACUCCAUUCGCCACAACCUCUCGCUCAACGAGUGCUUCGUGAAGGUGCCUCGCGACGACAAGAAGCCGGGCAAAGGGAGCUACUGGACCCUCGAUCCGGAUUCUUACAAUAUGUUCGAGAACGGCAGCUUCCUCCGACGCCGCCGGCGCUUCAAGAAGAAAGACGUCUCCAAGGAGAAGGACGACACGCUCCGGGAAAGGCACCUCAAGGAGCCCCUGAAGGCCGCCGACGUCUCCAAGGACACGCCGCAGUCCAACAACGCCGGCGGCAACGCCUCCUUGUCCGCCUCUGCCCCGCCGCCGCCUUCUUCCUCGGCCGCCCCGUCUGAGAAGAAGAUUGUCAUCAAGAGCGAGGCUUCCUCGCCGGACCUGCCCAUCAUCACCAAGGUAGAGACCCUCAGCCCGGAGAGCGGCAGCGCCCUGCAGGACAGCCCGCGGAGCGUGGCGUCCACGCCGUCGGUGUCCACCGAGAGCUCGCUGCCGGGUGAUCCCCACCACCCGGGCGCCGGCACCAACGGGCUGUCGGGGUUCAGCGUGGAGAACAUCAUGACUCUACGGACUUCGCCGCCGGGCGAGCUCAGCCCCGUCAGCAGGACGGCCGGCAUGGUGUCCUCCUUGCCCCUCGGGUACGCCCAGGCGCAAGCCCCGUCCAUCUACAGCCAGGCCUGUAGCCAGGGGGGCUUGGGGGAGGCCGGGGGCAGCUACCAAUGCAGCAUGCGCGCCAUGAGCCUCUACACGGGCGAGAGGAACGCUCACCUGUGUGUGCCCACCACCUUGGAGGAAGCCGCCGCCUCCAUCUCGGAGCAGCAGCAAAGCAACGGCGCCUCUUCGCCCCUCACCUCCAUGAAUCUGGCCUCGGGCGGGGGGCAGCAGCAGGAGGGGACCCUCACCCCCAGUCACCACCACCAUCACCACCAUCACCACCACCACGCUCUCCCUCACCACCAAGCCGGCGGCCAAGCAACGGCCGCCGCCGCCUCCUGGUACCUGAACCACACGUCGGAGAUCAACCACCACCUGCCCAGCCACGCCUUCGGGGCGCAACAGCAGAACUUCUCCAACGUGCGGGAAAUGUUCAACACUCACCGGCUGGGGCUAGAGACCUCGACGGCGCUGAGCGAGCAACAGGUGAGCACCAACUCCACCUGUCAGAUCCCCUAUAGAGCUGCGCCCUCCAUAUACCGCCACACCACCACCCCUUAUUCCUAUGACUGCACUAAGUAUUGA